AUGGGUGGUGAGACGUCCCCUCAGCAUCAUUGGAAAGGUGUUCUAUCAUCUGCCUUGGAUGCCGUGGGUCAUACACCCUUGAUCAAGCUCCAGAAGAUAGCUAAAGAAGAAGGUUUCAAAUGUAACCUGCUGGGAAAAUGUGAAUUCUUUUCAGCUGGUGGUAGUGUCAAAGAUCGCAUAGCAAAUCGAAUGGUAGAGUACGCUGAGAAAGAAGGUGUACUGAUACCUGGACAGAGUGUAGUGAUCGAACCUACUAGAAUUGGUCUCGCUUUAGCUUGUGCGAUAAAGGGAUAUCAAUGCGUUAUCACUCUGCCCGCGAAGAUGAGUUUAGAGAAAGAAGUCAUGCUGCGAGCUUUGGGAGCUGAGAUCGUAAGAACACCAACCGAAGCAGCCUGGGAUAGUCCAGAAAGUCAUAUAGGUAUUGCAAAAAAGCUCCAGAAAUCAAUACCUGGAGGUGUAAUUUUAGAUCAAUACUCAAAUCCCAAUAACCCAUUGGCACAUUAUUACGGAACAUAUGAGGAGAUUACUUACGCACUGAAAACGUCUGAUUUACCUCGAAAAGACAUUUCUCUACUUGUAGCUGGAGCAGGAACAGGAGGUACCAUAACGGGUCUUGCUCGUGCUAUAAGAGGUUACGAAGGUUCCCUUGUCAAUGGAGCUGCAUCUUCUCAUGUUAGAACAGUAGUGUUAGCUGUUGAUCCAGAAGGUUCAAUUCUAGGUGGAGGCGAACCUGGGAAUUAUCAAGUUGAAGGUAUAGGUUACGACUUCUUCCCUGAAGUACUUGAUCCGAAUCCACCAUUGAUUGAUCAGUGGAUCAAAACGAAUGAUGAAGAAGCUUUCGCAGCUACUAAACGAUUGAUUCGAGAAGAAGGGUUGUUUGUAGGUGGUUCUUCAGGAUCAGCAUUAUCCGGAAUUAUCCGAUAUCUCCAUUCAGAAAAUGGAAAGUCAAUAGCGAAUGAUCCAGAAGCAAACGUAGUCAUUAUAUUACCUGAUGGAGUAAGGAAUUACAUGUCAAAAGAAUGGCUCCUCCAGACUGCUAAGUCAGCUUCGAAAGACCAAGGAGAAGAUAUCAAAGAUACUAUCAAAAACAUCUUGGGGAGAGAUUUAGGGGACGUAAAUGGGGUAUUGAAAGAGGCGAAAGAUGAAGGCAAAGUUCUGCAAAAUGGGGAAGGGGUGAACGGGCAUUAG